CGCCUUUCCACGUAAGUCCCUCCCUCCGGUCGGCGCAAUGCGACAAGUGGUUUACCACUCCGACAAAGGAGGGCAGGGACUUAGCUAAGUUAGGGUUUUCCUACGUAGUCAUCCUUAUCAAGAGCCGAUAUCUCUUUUGACUUGACUCUCGCCUACAUACACAAACCCAUCCUUCGAGCAGGGACCAAAGAACCGACAAGCAUUGCACCUCAUGGUUGAGUCUGGGUCGAUCAUCUUGGGAGUGGUGGCGAUUCUCUCGGCGCUAUUCCGGGCGUUUUUGAAGCCCAAGUUCGACCAAGCAGGUAUCUUUAGGACCGGGACAAAUCGUAACAACGAGCAUUGUUCGACGAUAGGCUUGGAGGCAUGUGAGGACAUAUGGGUCGAUCAACCGACAGGGUUGGCUUAUUUGGCAUGCAGCAGUCGCACACAGCGGGCGUUUUGGGAAACGGGAGUGGGAAUACUAGAAGCAGAAAAAUUACCACCUCGCUCGCUUGAUCAUAUCACAAUCCUAGACCUCAAAACCCACGAGCACCGAAAAGUCGAACUGGUCAACUUACCACCCCACAUAGUAAAGAACGGUAUUUACGUGCAUGGUAUCGACCUGGUUGUUACUCCGAGUGAUCCAACCGAUAGCAGCGCUGCAAACCAAAUGCCGCUUUCGGAUGGCGCAGCCGGCGAUCAGCUAGGCUCAAGACGAGCUACCAUAUACCUCAUCAACCAUCGACCUCCCUCGGACAGGAAGUCGGCCCCUUUGAUCGGCGCUCAAAGCGUGAUCGAGGUUUUCGAUACCGUGUUGGGCGACUCUAAGGCAACACACACCACAACGAUCGAACAUGGUCUCAUCUUAACUCCUAACAAUCUUGUGGGUAUUAGUGAGACGAGCUUCUAUGUUACAAAUGACCAUAGUUCCAAAACCGGUUGGACCCGGCGUUUGGAGCCGUUUUUCACAGAUUCAGAGAUUGAUAGCAUUAUAUUUUGUUCGUUCCAAGACGAGCUGAACUGUUUGCCUGCAGUAAGCGGUAAACAUCCGCACCCCAAUGGAAUUGCUAAGGGGCCCGGGGAUUCGUUGUACAUGGUCACCACUUUCGAUCCUUAUCUGAGAGUGUAUGAAAUGCAAGCCGACUACACUCUAGCCCUAACAGACGAACUCAAAUUACCCAGAGUAGUGGACAAUAUUUAUGUGACCCCCAAAGGAUCAAUCUUUAUGGCUGGAAUACCAUCACUCUAUAGGUUCAAGAAACGUCUGUUGGGGAUGCAAGAAGGCAACUUUGAUAUACUGUCUCCCUCUGAUGUUUGGAAAGUCUCGAAUGAAACAAGCUCUGAUGCAUUUUACGGUGGAAGAUUGAAGGUAGAACAGGUCCUAGCAGAUGAUGGAAAUAAAAUCAAUGGAAACACGGGUGUGGCUGUUUGGGAUUCAAAGCUGUAUCUGACCGGCCUUACAAGUCCAUAUAUAUCAGUAUGUAAAAUUGAUGAGGAAUUGGCUCAGUGAAUGAUGUGAAACCUUUCUCCUUUUUUCUCUCUUGCUUGCUUGUAAACGUCUGUUUUGAUUGUGUCACACCAGCUGAAAACCUCAACCCCUCUGGGAUCUGUGGAAGAUAUUUUAGAAAAAUUGCAAACACACACAAAUACGUCAGAAGGAAUGA